AUGACUUCGACGCAUGAAUUGACCAAGGCUCAAAUUGACAAUCUCAAAGCGGCAACAGGUAACAGCGAGGAAGCUGUUCUUCGAGCUUUUGCGGCAAUGAAAAAUAAAUAUCCAAGUGGUGGAAUGGCAGAGGAUCAGUUUCUUGAAAUGAUUAGAGAUCCUUCAUCAGGUGUCAAAUCUACAGAAAUCGAUAUGGCUAAACUCAUGUUUACUAUUGCUGAUCGUGAUAAAUCAGGCAAGGUUGACUUAUAUGAAUAUUUGUUGACCAUUGCAUUACUGUGCUCAGAUGAUCCGAAACCAGUGCUUCAAACACUCUUCAUCGCUUGUGAUGCAAAUAGCAAUAAUUUUCUUACUCGAGACGAAGCUCGGGAUAUUUUCUCAGCAUUUUUUCGACUCAUGGGGGCUCCCUCUGAUAGCGUUAAUCAAGAAGAUCCAUCAUAUAGCCAAGAGAAGCUCAAUAGUAUUAUAGAACAGAUUUUUGGUGACAAUACAGAAAUAACAGAAGCAGAAUUUCGACAAGCCUGUAUUGAAAACAAAGACGUCGAGUCGAUCACCGGAGAACUUCACCUUAUCUUACUUGUAUCUCUGACAAGCAACGCUAAACGAUUCGAAGAACGGCGUUUUUCACUUAUUCCUCGCCCCUAA